GUCGUGACGCGUCAGGUUCAGCUGCUGUCAGUGACCAACUUUUGUGUGCACCUGGAGAACACGGCACCGUGGAGGUCGGCGGCGGUAAUCAUUCGGGCCCGGGAGGCACCUUAGGCCUUCUCGGCGAGUCGCGAGUCGCCAGUAAUAUUCGCGGAUUCUUCGCCUCUCGCAUCGGCAGCGCCCUACCAGACACAGGUUAAGAUGGAUGGCACUGCGCGACCCCCCACCGCAACCCACUGAGUAAGUCACAUUGACCGCAAUACACAACCACCACAUCCACGAACAUCUCCACCAUGACGACGAUACCGAUCAUCAACAUGGAGUUCUCCGAACUGAAAGAAGUCGUGUGGACGAAGCUCCAGGAACCCCGGACCCAAAGAAAAUUAGUGUUAGUAAUAGUGUCGAUAGCCCUGCUGUUAGACAACAUGCUUUACAUGGUAAUAGUGCCCAUUAUCCCGGACUAUCUGCGGUAUAUCGGAGCCUACGAAGAUUAUCCGGUUCCGGGAAACGUGUCUCUUCCACCAGGUACGCCAUACAAGCACGACCACCAUGGCCAGGACCAGGCUACCGGCAUCCUAUUCGCCUCCAAGGCCAUCGUCCAACUCAUGGUAAACCCAUUCUCCGGAGCACUCAUAGACCGCAUAGGCUACGACAUUCCCAUGAUGAUAGGACUGACGAUCAUGUUUCUAUCGACAGCAGUGUUCGCCUGUGGCCGGAGCUACGGUCUCCUGUUCUUCGCCAGAAGUCUCCAGGGGGUCGGUUCGGCGUUCGCAGACACCUCAGGGCUCGCCAUGAUCGCCGAUCGGUUCACGGAAGAGAACGAACGGUCGAAGGCACUCGGAAUCGCGCUGGCUUUCAUCAGUUUUGGCUGCCUCGUAGCGCCUCCCUUCGGGGGAGCCCUUUACCAGUUCGCCGGGAAGGAAGUGCCAUUCCUGAUUUUGGCCUUCGUUUCCCUGAUGGACGGGUUUAUGCUACUGCUGGUUAUGAAACCUAUAAAAGCCCAAAUCAAAGAAGCUCAAAUGGCAAAACCGCCCGGCGUUCCUAUCUGGAGGCUUUUCAUGGACAAAUACAUAGCAGUUUGCGCUGGAGCCCUCAUGAUGUCAAACGUGGCUUUGGCAUUCCUAGAACCUACCAUAAGUCUUUGGAUGGAAGACAAUUUAACCACCGAAAACUGGAAAGUCGGCAUCGUUUGGCUACCGGCGUUCUUUCCUCACGUAUUCGGAGUCAUCAUUACAGUCAAGAUGGCAAAGAAGUAUCCUCAAUACCAAUGGCUGAUGGCCGCCGGAGGAUUAGCACUGGAAGGCUUAUCUUGCUUCAUAAUUCCCUUUGCAGACUCCUACAUCUUUCUAAUGGUCCCUAUAUGCAUCAUAUGCUUUGGCAUCGCCUUGAUCGACACAGCACUCCUCCCUACUCUCGGUUACCUGGUGGACGUCCGUUACGUUUCGGUGUACGGCAGCAUAUACGCCAUAGCAGACAUUUCGUAUUCUCUAGCAUACGCAGUAGGGCCUAUUAUCGCCGGUGGUGUAGUAGAAGCUAUAGGAUUUACAGCCCUUAAUGUAUUAAUAGCUUUUAGUAAUCUUCUUUACGCCCCAGUGUUAGUGUAUCUCAAGCAUAUUUACGAUUUUAAACCGUUCGAAAAUGAAGCAAACAUACUAAUGCAAGAUCCUCCUAACAAAGAAUAUCAGACAUACACAAUGCAAGACCAAAAACCCAUUAGUGGCGAAGUUCAAAACCAUCUUGAAUACAAACAACAAGAAACGAACUUCAGUGCAAGCCAUCAACAACAAGGCUACCAACAACAAGGAUAUCAACAACAAGGCUACCAACAGCAAGGCUACCAGCAACAAGAAGAGCCUUACCAAGAAACGCAGUUCCAGCAACAGCCCCCUCCUCGUCCUCAAGGAAGGGUGUUACCCCAACAGCCAGAGGCAGCAAAUCCGUUCAGGCCCCAAGUGCAAUCCACUGGAGGGAAUCCUUUCAAACAGGGAUUCUAAAAGUAGGUCUGUAUAUUGUAUAUUGUGUUGUUAGGUCUAUUUUAGUUCUGUUUUUAAUUGUACAUAUCAUACCAAUUGUUCCUCCUGAUGUACAUAAUGGCUAAACACUAUUUUAAAAGUAGAUAGAGGAUGUUUAGAAGAAAGAAAUAAUUAAAGAUUUUGAGUGAAGCCAAUUUUUUUAAAGAUAAAAAAUUAAAACUGAAGAUCUAGAUGUUGUUAUUGAACAUACGAAUUAUUCUAUACUUCAUUAUUAAAAUAUAAUAUUGAAUAAUAGAAAUUCAUUAAGAGGAAACAGUAGCGAUCAACAUGUAGCAAAAACGCGUUCCAAGAUUGCGGCUGUAAUUUUGAAUAUUUUUUCGAGAUAUUUGGCACACGUAUUCGUAAUAUAAUAAAGAAUGGCGGUACAGAGCCCAAUUUGAAAAAUAUAUUAAUAUGUGGAAAUUACUCUGUAAUUAAACACAAUAUUAAAAAAACGAGACUGUACCGCCAUUAAGAAGAACAAAAAAAUACACUUUCUUCAAAUAAAC